AUGAUUGGGACCGAAACAAAACCUCGGACAAAGGACUGCUCCUGGUUUGCUUUUUAUUUGUCUUUACCCCUGCUGUUCGUAAAUGAGGCUGUGGCUCAGAUACGGUACUCUAUUCCAGAGGAGGUAAAAGAAGGGACUGUUGUUGGAAAUAUUGCCAACGAUCUUGGGCUUGACAUCUCCUCGCUGAUUGCUCGACGGUUCCGCGUUGUAUCUGGAAGUAAGGACGCUAUUUUUGAAGUAAACCAGGGUAAUGGCGCUCUGUACGUCAACAAGCAUAUUGACAGAGAGGAGCUGUGUCAGGGAGGAGGUGCCUGCCUAAUGGAGCUCAAAAUCCUUGUUGAAUCUCCUUUGGAAUUACACUACGUAGUUGUAGAAAUUACUGAUGUAAAUAACCAAUCUCCUAGUUUUCCUGAAAGGGAACAGAUAUUCGAAAUAGGUGAGCACACAUUACCAGGAAAGCGAUUUCAACUGCACACUGCUCGAGACCCCGAUGCUGGAGUUAACUCAAUUCGUACAUACAUUUUAACAUCCAAUGAACAUUUUGAAGUAGAUAUCCGCCAAAGUGAUGAGGAUAAAAUACCUUUUUUAGUGCUGAAGAAAUCGUUGGACAGAGAACAAACGAACAAACACACGCUGCUGGUUACUGCCGUUGAUGGAGGAAAACCUCCAAAAUCAGGCACACUAAAUGUGUCUAUAAUUGUUCUUGACAUCAACGAUAACCGUCCAGUGUUUAUACAGGAUACCUAUCAAGUAGAAAUAUAUGAAAACGUCCCAGUCGGUACUAUUGUUACACGAGUGAAUGCAACAGAUCCAGAUGAAGGGAAUAAUGGAGAAAUAGAGUACAGCCUCAGCAAAACAUUAGCGCGUAACGUGUAUGAUAUAUUUGAAUUAAAUAGUGCAAGUGGAGAAAUUAAAUUGAAAGGUGCGGUGGAUUUUGAAGAAUCCGAGAUAUACAAGAUAGAUGUUGAGGCAUGUGAUAAGGGAGUGCCUCCAUUAACAAGCCGGUGUAGAGUUAUUAUUAAAGUAAAAGACGUCAAUGAUAAUCCCCCAGAAAUAGAAGUAACAUCACUGACUAAUACAGUUUCUGAAGACUCGAAGCCUGGCACAGUGAUUUCACUUAUUAGUGUUACGGAUAAAGACUCCGGUGUCAACGGAAAGAUAAUAUCAAGCAUAACCUCAGUCGUUCCUUUUGAAUUAAAGCCGUCUUAUAAGGAAAACAUAUAUUCAGUUGUCACAAAAGGAUUUUUAGAUCGAGAGGAGGUGUCACAUUACGAAUUAACAAUAAAAGCCACUGAUUUUGGGGAACCUCUCUUAUCUAAUUUUAAAACACUCAACAUUCAGAUUUCAGAUGUAAACGACAACAGACCACUAUUCUCUCGGAAUACAUUACAGUUUUACCUCUCAGAAAAUAACGUGGCUGGAGGGUCAAUAUUUUCUGUAAGCGCAACAGAUAAAGAUAUGAAUGACAACGCAAUAAUCUCUUAUCAAAUAGCGAGAGAAAACGAACUAGCAAUGUUUCUCAGUGUAAAUUCAGAUAACGGACACAUUUCUGCGCUAAAAAGCUUUGACUUUGAGACUCUGAAAACGUUCCAGUUCCAAGUUGUCGCCACAGAUUCUGGAACUCCGUCACUAAGCAGCAACGUCACAGUGCACGUGUUCAUUCUGGAUCAGAAUGACAACGCUCCAGUCAUCCUGUAUCCGGUCAGCUCUAACGGUUCUGCUGAAGGUGUGGAGGAGAUUCCCCGCAAUGUGAACGCAGGACACUUGGUGACUAAAGUCAGAGCCUAUGACGCUGAUAUAGGAUAUAACGGCUGGUUACUGUUCUCACUGCAGGAAGUCACUGACCACAGUCUCUUUAGUUUGGACCGCUAUACAGGACAGAUCAGAACACUUCGCUCAUUCACAGAGACAGACGAGGCUGAGCAUAAACUGAUCAUACUGGUGAAAGACAAUGGCAACGUUUCCCUGUCAGCAACAGCUACUGUGGUUGUCAAACUUGUGGAGCCCAGAGAGGCUUUUGCUGCUGCUGAUGUUAAAAGUGCAACAAAAGAUGAUGAGGAUAAUAAUGUGACUUUUUACCUGAUGAUAACUCUGGGCUCAGUCUCAACACUUUUUCUCAUCAGUAUCAUUGUGCUGAUUGCAAUGCAGUGCUCUAAAUCCACAGACUAUACUUCUAAAUAUCUCCAAGAGACUAACUAUGAUGGGACACUGUGUCACAGCAUCCAGUACAGAUCUGGAGACAAGCGGUACAUGUUAGUUGGACCCAGAAUGAGUAUAGGAUCUACUAUAGUCCCAGGCAGCCACGCCAACACACUGGUGCUCCCUGAGAGGAGGGGGACAUCCACAGAGGUAGAUUAA